CUUCCAUCCAUGUGAAAUAAAAAAAUAUUGUGAUUGUGACAAACGUAACGUCAUUUCAAAUGCAAGAAAAUAACAAAAAUGGCUGAAGAACAGGAGGUGAUACAAAUAGAAGUGCUCUGUAAGCAGUUGUACGAGUCCCAAGAUCCUAAUGUGAGAGAACAGGCUGAGAAAGCUGUGGUUGCUUUUCAGGAAUCCCCGGACACUCUGAGCAAAUGCCAAGCGCUGUUGGAGCGAGCAGACUCGAGCUACUCCCAACUAUUGGCGGCAACUACUCUGGCUAAGCUUAUAAGCAGGUCGAGUAACAGCCUAUCAGUGCAGCAGCGGCUGGACAUCAGAAACUAUGUGCUUAACUAUCUGGCCACCCGACCCAAACUCGCCAAUUUCGUCGUUCAGUCGUUGGUGUCACUUUUUGCACGCAUCACAAAGUUAGGCUGGUUCGACACGAUCAAGGACGACUGUGUGUUCCACAAUGUCAUGAAUGACGUCACAAACUUCUUACAGUUUCAGGGCCCAACGGAAAUGUGCACGAUUGGUGUUCAACUGCUUUCCCAACUCGUGGUCGAGAUGAAUCAGGUUUCAGAGGCAGACGCUAACCGGUCGUUGGCUAAACAUAGGAAGAUUGCCUCCUCGUUCCGCGACACUCAACUGUUUGAAAUUUUCCGCCUGGCGUGUUCUAUGCUGUCGGCAACACGGGGCAAGGCGCUCGACAUGUCCGAUUCGCGUCCUCACGCGCUGAUAGCGGCCGUGCUCAAGCUGGCGCACAACUGCUUGACAUUCGACUUCAUCGGCACCACAGGGGACGAGUGCUCAGACGACAUGUGCACCGUGCAGAUUCCGACGUCAUGGCGGCCGACGUUCCUGGAGCCCAGCACGCUGGAGCUGUUCUUCGAGUUGUACCACAUGGUGGGCGGCGCCCUGGGCGGGCUGGCGCUGGGCUGCCUCGUGCAGCUGGCGUCAGUGCGCCGCUCGCUGUUCUCCAACACCGAGCGCGCCAAGUUCCUCGCGCGGCUGGCCUGUGGCGUGCGCAACAUUCUCGACAACACACAGGGCCUCUCGGAACCGACGAACUAUCACGAAUUCUGCCGAUUGCUCGCGCGGCUGAAGUCCAACUACCAAUUGGGGGAGCUGGUGAUGGUGGAUAACUACCCCAGGCUCAUCGAGCUGGUAGCCAAGUUCACCGUGCAAAGUUUACAGAUGUGGCAGUUCGCGCCGAACUCUGUGCACUAUCUCCUGUCUCUAUGGCAGAGGAUGGUGGCGUCAGUGCCGUACGUGAAGGCGAGUGAGCCGCAUCUCCUCGAGACGUAUGCGCCCGGCGUCACCGCGGCUUACAUCGGCUCCAGGCUCGACUCCGUCGCCAGUGUCGUCACUGACGGCCUGGAGGACCCGCUGGACGAGGUGGGCACGGUGCAGCAGCAGCUGGAGCAGCUGUCGGUGAUCGGCCGCUGCGAGUACGGCAAGACCUGCCAGCUGCUCGUGGCGCACUUCGACCGCGCCGCCGCCGUCUACAGCGUGGAGGCGCGCGUGCAGCAGACGCUGAUCCUGCAAGGUCAGCUGACGUGGUUGGUGUAUAUAAUCGGAGCCGCGAUCGGCGGAAGAGCAUCAGCCACCACGUGUGACGACAACGACGCCAUGGACGGAGAGCUAGUAUGCAGGGUGCUGCAGCUGAUGAACCUCACGGACUCCAGGCUGGCUAAUGGUGGCUGUGAGAAACUGGAGCUGGCGAUGAUGUCGUUCUUCGAGCAGUUCAGGAGGAUAUACGUCGGGGAACAAGUGCAGAAAAACAGCAAAGUGUACAGGCGACUCUCUGAGGUGUUGGGCUUGAGCGACGAGAGUCAGCUGCUGAGUGUUCUCAUGAGGAAGAUAAUAACAAAUCUGAAGUACUGGGGUGGUAGUGAACAGAUUAUAGCGAAGACACUAGGCUUGCUCAGCGACCUCAGCGGCGGGUACUCCUGCGUGAGGAAACUAGUCAAAUUGGAGGAGACGCAGUUCAUGCUUACGCAUCACACGGCGGAACAUUUCCCAUUCCUGGGCAUAUCUGGCGUGGGCACAUCGGAAAUGAGAUGUCGCAGUAUGCUGUACACGGCCCUCGGCAGACUGCUGAUGGUCGAGCUGGGGGAGGACGAGGAGCGCUUCCACGCGUUCAUGAUGCCGCUCACAGCGGCGUUCGAAAGUUUAAUAGGCCCUCUCGGCGGAUCGGACAGCGCCGUAUUCGCGUCCGAGGAGGCGCGGAAGACUCUGAUAGGGCUCUGCCGAGACCUGAGGGGCCUCGCCUUCGCCUUCAACACCAAGACCACGUAUAUGAUGCUGUUCGAUUGGAUCUACCCGGUAUACAUGAAAGUAUUACUCCGCGGCGUCUCCCUGUGGUUCGCGGAGCCGGCGCUGACGACGCCGGCGCUCAAGCUGGCGGCCGAGCUGGCGCAGAACCGCAACCAGCGGCUGCACUUCGACGUGAGCUCCCCCAACGGGAUACUGCUGUUCCGGGAGCUGUCCAACAUCAUAUGCGCUUACGGCAGCAGAAUCUUAACGAUAGAUGUAAGCAAGAAACAGAUGUACGCGAUGAAGUUAAAAGGGAUAUCUCUAUGCUUCUCCAUAUUGAAAGCAGCUCUUUGCGGGAACUACGCAAAUUUCGGAGUAUUCAGGUUGUACGGCGACGAAGCGUUGGACAACGCUCUUAAUAUGUUCGUGAAGUUGUUAUUAAGUAUACCGCAGAGCGAUCUCUUGGAUUAUCCGAAACUGUCACAAACAUAUUACGUGUUAUUAGAGCGAUUGGCGCAAGAUCACAUGCCCUUUUUAGCGUCCUUGGAGCCUCCAGCCACCCUCUACAUACUGGGUUCCAUCAGCGAGGGACUCACAGCGUUAGACACAAGCGUUUGUACUGGAUGCUGCGCAACAUUGGACCAUAUAGUCACGUAUCUAUUUAAGCAAUUAGUACAGAAAACUAGUAACAAAGUGGCCAACCCCCGCCAGCCGCCGCCGCAGACCAGUAACAUGUUCAUACAGGUGUUGCAGCGCCGGCCGGAGAUAAUGCAGCAGCUGUUGGCUACGGUGCUCAACGUGAUAAUGUUCGAGGACUGCUGCAACCAGUGGUCGAUGUCGCGGCCGCUGCUUGGCCUGAUCCUGCUCAACGAGGAGCACUUCUCCAGGACGCGCGCCGAGAUGAUCGCGCAGCAGCCCAGGGACAAGCAGGCGCAGUUGGCGCAGUGGUUCAACGGACUUAUGCAUGAGAUCGAACCCAAUCUACUCACAAAGAACAGAGACAGGUUUACACAGAACCUGUCUAUGUUCAGACGAGACAUCAACGAUCUGUUGCGGGGCGCCGUCAGCUCACAGCCCUCCGUCAAUGACAUGAUGACUUCGUAAUCAACAAAAUCGAAGAAGACAUGGUGAUACACUGUAUAUACACAUCUCAUUGUAAAUUUAUCAUUGUUUUAAGUAAUUAUAUCUAUGUUAUAUAUACUAUUUUUUAGCGUAAUAGACGAAAUGCAUUAUGA